GUGGGGAGGGAACAAUUUGAUGCUCUGUUUGUGCGAGAUCUACAUUUCCAGCUUUCUCCAGACAGCAGGAUCAAGAGACUAGCAAGUCCUCCGUAUAUCUUGAAGCGGAAUGUUGAUCUUGUGAAUCUCUUACACAAGAUUAGAAGCACAGAAGACCUUUGGAGAGGUUCAACUUGGAAGCAACAUGCCCGAGCAAAGUAAUGAUUACAGGGUGGUGGUUUUCGGAGCUGCCGGAGUUGGGAAAAGUUCCUUGGUUCUUCGUUUUGUGAGGGGAACAUUUAGGGCAACCUAUAUCCCUACUAUUGAAGAUACUUACAGGCAGGUCAUCAGCUGCGACAAGAACAUCUGCACUCUACAAAUUACAGACACAACAGGAAGUCACCAGUUCCCCGCUAUGCAGAGGUUGUCCAUCUCGAAAGGUCAUGCUUUCAUCCUAGUCUACUCUGUCACUAGUAAGCAGUCCAUGGAAGAACUUCAACCAAUAUAUGAACAGAUCUGCCAGAUCAAAGGUGACACACACAAUAUUCCUAUCAUGUUGGUGGGUAACAAGAGUGACGAAACUCUCAGGGAAGUACAGGCUAGUGAGGGAGAAAGUCUAGCCAACAAGUGGAAGUGUUCGUUUAUGGAAACGUCUGCAAAGCUCAACUAUAAUGUCCAAGAACUCUUCCAAGAACUCUUAAACUUGGAAAAGAGGAGAACUGUUAGUCUGCAGGUAGAUGGAAAGAAAUCCAAACAGCAGAGGAAGAAAGACAAGCUGAAAGGAAAAUGUUCAUUAAUGUAAAGAGACUUUUCUGGGAUAAAGAUACUCUCAUUGCUGCAUGAGGCAAACACAACCAUCUUAGAGGUUGGCAAAGAGAUGAGACUUUUGGCCUGAAAUGAAGGUGAAGAUGACCAUUUUUAAAACAAAAAUGAUCAUUACUGCAGCCAUUAAAUAUUAUAUUGGAGUAACGCUGAACACGUGUCUGUGACAUUUCAUUUAACAGUAUGUGGGUUUCCCUUUAAGACUUUUUGUGGCCAAGAGGGUGAGUUAUGUAGUCCCGAAUCCUUUUGUGCUUACAGGGUUAAUAACGUCCCCACACAAUAAACCAGGAACAUUGCACAAUGUCAAUUAUCUGUGCUUUACAAGUUUUUAAUGGGGUUUGCCAGAUAAUUCUCAAUUAAUUAACUUGUGUGUUGGGCCCUUCCUAAAUAAAUGAUGUCAUAUAGUGGAACCUAUGAGGUCUUUAGUUGUUGUUGUUGUUUUUCUUUAAUUAAGCUUAUUAAGCAUUGCACUAAUAAAGAGGCCAACUUAUAGGACACGGUUUACGUAUUUUUCCUAAAACUCCAUUGUGGGCUUUUUGUCCUUCCAACGUAUACUGCAAAUAUAGAAAAAUGUGUCCGCUGUAAAUUAAACAUAUGUCACAAUUUGAA